CAGCACGCCGUUUCUCUGCACUUGAGCGUCGGAAGCUCCUCAGUGUGUUUCAACCUCCCCUGGAUCAACUCUUUUCUUCUUGGCAUCCUCCUCGUGGAAAAGUACACAACUAUCAACGGCAAUUUGGAGAGCGCUACAACUUAAAUUGAAUCAAUCCAAGCUUUUGUUCGGCUCCGGAAUAACCGCGGGGAGAAUCCGUAGAAGACACAAGCCGGGCUCCUGACUGUGUGCGCGGGCAUAGACGCUCCGAGGAACCCCUCCUGCCUGCCUGCCUGCCUGCUUGGAUGGUUUUAAAUGUUUGCAUCUAUUGCAGUUUGCUGUGGAUCCAACUAAAAGGUAACAGGACAAGACUCCUGGACUCUCCUCCCCCUCUGUUAGCAAACAGAGAGACAAUGUUGUGGGACAGCCUGUGCUGUCUGCUGGCCCUGCUGGCCUCAGUGUCCGGGGGACUGCCCCCGGCCCACGAACCGCUGUCUGCCCCCAGGAUCUUCCUGUCCUUCAAAGAGUUAAAGUCGACCGGCACCGCUCACCACUUCUCCUUCUUGCUAAACUCCACCGACUAUCGAAUUCUUCGCAUGGACGAGGACCACGACCGCAUGUAUGUGGGCAGCAAAGAUUAUAUACUGUCUCUGGAUCUGCACGACAUCAACAAGGAGCCACUCAUUAUCCACUGGCCUGUUGCCCCUCAGAGGAAGUCUGAAUGUGUACAGUCUGGAAAAGACACCAAUGGCGAAUGCGGCAACUUCAUUCGUCUGAUCGAGCCGUGGAACCGCACUCACCUGUACGUCUGCGGGACGGGAGCGUACAACCCCAUCUGCACAUAUGUGGAUCGAGGACGCCGGUCACAGGGCUCCUUCCUACAGGCCCCCAAAUCUGGAGGGAGAACCAAUCGGGCAGCAGACCCCAGCGCUACGUCAGAUCUUAUGGAGGCCAAGGAAUAUAUUUUCCGUCUGGAGCCGGGGAAGGUGGAUUCUGGGAAGGGAAAAUGUCCUUUUGACCCCAAGUUGAACAGCGUCUCUGCUUUGAUCAAUGGAGAGCUGUAUGCGGGAGUCUACAUCGACUUCAUGGGAACCGACUCGGCCAUCUUCCGUACGCUGGGGAAGCAGACGGCCAUGAGGACCGAUCAGUACAACUCCAGAUGGUUGAACGACCCCACAUUUGUCCACGCACACCUCAUCCCAGACAGCGCCGAGAAGAACGACGACAAGCUCUACUUCUUCUUCCGAGAGAAAGCCUCCGAGAUGGGCCAGAGUCCCAUGACCCAGUCCAGGAUCGGGCGCAUAUGCCUGAAUGACGACGGAGGCCACUGCUGUCUGGUCAACAAGUGGAGCACCUUUCUGAAGGCACGUCUCAUCUGUUCGGUGGCUGGAGCCGACGGUGUCGAGACGCACUUUGAUGAGCUCAGGGACGUUUAUAUCCAGCCGACGCAUGACACCAAGAAUCCUGUCAUCUAUGGGGUUUUCUCAGUCUCAGGAUCCGUGUUUAAAGGCUCAGCGGUGUGCGUCUACUCCAUGGCUGACAUCCGCAUGGUCUUUAACGGGCCUUUUGCGCAUAAAGAGGGACCCAACUACCAGUGGGUGGCCUACACUGGAAAGAUCCCAUACCCUCGACCUGGCACUUGUCCGGGAGGAACGUUCACCCCCAACAUGAAAUCCACAAAGGAUUACCCGGAUGAGGUGAUCAACUUCAUGAGAAAUCACCCCACCAUGCACAACGCCGUGUACCCGGUGCACAAGCACCCCCUGGUGGUCAGAACCAACGUGGACUAUGAGUUCACCACAAUCGCCGUGGACCAAGUGACGGCCGCAGACGGGAACUACGAGGUUCUCUUCCUGGGCACAGAUCGAGGGACAGUUCAGAAGGUGAUUGUGUUGCCUCGAGAUGACCUGCAGACUGAGGAGCUGGUUUUAGAGGAAGUGGAAGUUUUCAAGGUUCCCACUCCGAUCACCACCAUGAAGAUCUCAUCCAAACGUCAACAACUGUAUGUGGCAUCCGUAUUGGGCGUGACCCACCUGGCUCUGCACCGCUGUGACGUGUACGGGGAGGUUUGUGCUGACUGCUGUCUGGCCAGAGACCCUUACUGCGCUUGGGAUGGAAAGUCCUGCUCCCGAUACUCAGCAUCACAGAAGAGACGCAGCCGUCGUCAGGAUGUCAAGUACGGCAACCCCAUCCGUCAGUGCAGAGGCUACAACUCUAAUGCCAAUAAGAAUACUGUGGAGACAGUUCAGUACGGCGUAGAGGGCAGCACAGCGUUUUUGGAGUGCCAGGCCAGGUCCCCCCAUGUUUCUCUCAAGUGGCAUCUUCAGAAAGAGAACAGCGACAGGAGGAAGGAGAUUCGCUGCGAGGGCCGCAUCCUGAAGACAGACCAAGGCCUCCUGAUCCGCUCCCUGCAGCCGUCCGACAGCGGCAUCUACCAGUGCACCUCCACGGAGAAGAACUUCAAGCACACGCUGGUCAAACUGCAGCUGGUGGUCCUCUCCAGCCGCACCGUCAACAAUGUCCUGGUGGACACGGGUGUCCCCGGCCUGGCCCCGCUGCAGUCCAGCGCCUGGACGCCGAGCGCCGGCCAGUACAAAGACCUGCUGACCAUCCUGAGCCAGCCGGAGAUGGGCCUCAUCAACCAGUACUGCCAGGACUACUGGCAGCUCGGCGACGGCAGCCUGGCGGAUGUCAAAGCCAAAAGCUUGAAGGAGCUGAAGGAGCAGAAGAAGCCUCGCAACCGCCGACAUCACGACGAGGAGACGACCCCGGCGGAGACAUGAGGCGCUGGAGCAACCAACUUGUGGAACACCUCCCCCGACACAGCACCAAGACAGUUCCUGUGUUGCAAGAAACACAAUAUUUAUUGUAGCUUGUAAAAAGUACUUCUUUGUACCUCUCUAGAAAAGGUUUUUUGUGAAUAGCUAAAUCUGUGCAAAUAUUAGCGUUACUGUUUAUGUGCAUUAUGUUGAGAAUAUCUUUUUAUUCUGUUUGGUGUUU